UAGCUAAUUUCUUGGCUGUAAUCCGAUUAGCAGGCACUGAGCAGCUUUAGUUAGCCCCUGUCUCCCUGCAUGCCUGCAACCUGUCUAGUUAGUCAGUUAGCUAUUAGCGUUAGUGCUGGAGGAGACUAGAGGGGAGCUGUCAAGAGACUCAGCCUAGCGUCGUAGCCACAGCCUCAAAGCUCCACUCAAACGCUACACUGCUGUCGCUACUACGUACUACUACUCCUGCUCAGCUCCCUCCCUCUCCUGUCUUUCCGUCCCUGUCCCUCUCUCUUAUGCUACCUGACUCUCUCGCUCUCUCGCUCUCUCGCUCUCUCGCUCUCUCUCUCUCUCUCUCUCUCUCUCUCUCUCUCGUCCCGGGGCACUUACUGACUGCGUUUGUUUCUCUGCAUCACCUUGCAGUCAAUUGCCUGCCUGUGGGUUGGAGCUCAGCACUUCUCUCUUUUUCUCUCCAGCUCUCUUUUUAUUUCAAUCUGUCUGCUGUACCUACCUGGUCUUGCAAAAAUGUAUCGGAGCGCAAACCCAUGGAUCUCAAACUACCUAAGCCAUGUCAAGUUCUGCGGCCAAGAACUUGGGAGUGAGACCCCCCUCAAACUUGGGAAGGCAAGACUUUUACAGAAGAGGAAUCUUAGCUUCCAGAAAGUGUUCUUGUUCGAAGAGAAAAACAACCUGGCCAAGAACACCAAGGAUAUAGAUGUAAAUCUCUUGGCAAGCCUCCCUAAAGUUUCAGAGUUGAGGAAGCGUUUUGAAGGCAUCAGCCCAAGCACUAGCUGUGACUGGGAAAUGAACAGGAAGGAGAGGAUUGCCCGGCGGUUGGAGGGCAUAGAGAGUGAGGUGCAUCCCGCCAUAUUACCCAGCUGCCCAGGUCUGGUGACCAAUCGGCUGGUAGAGGAAGACACACCCCGUUACACACGUGCCUCGGACACCUGUGACCCCUGUGUCGUCACAGUACAACGUUACAGUAAGGAGGACAUGGAGAGUCCAGAGAUGAUGACCAAUCAGCAGGUCACUGCUCCAGAGAGGCAGUCCAGAGCCCGGUGCAGACUUGAGGAACAGACCCAGACCGUCCUCACCGAACCCACAGACCCCGCUGGUACCGACCUGGACUCCAAGGUGGAGCGGAUUGCCCGCUACAAGGCAGAAAGGCGUCGCCAGCUGGCCGAGCGCUAUGGUAUCUCGCUGGACCAAGAGCCAGACACCACUGUCACCGACCACUUCUCUUCCCGAUACAGUGCCUCCUGUGGACGCAAGGAGUUGGCUUCUUCCUCUGAGAGGCAACAGGGCUACGCACACCCAGAAACACGAUGCAGGGCAGAGUCUGUGGGGGACGAACACUCCUACACAUCUAGUAGAUCCAGGGUGGGUAGAGUGGCCCCCCCACCACAGGGCUACGGCAAGCCUGGCCAGGGGCGAUCCAGGGUGGACUCGUUCACGGAGAGGGAGAGGGUGGAGAACCUGGAGAACCAGCGCAGGGCGGCUCAGCAGGAGAGGAACAUCAAAGCCCCCGAGCCGCAGCCGCCAUCUUCCUCCACCUACAUGGAUCUGACGUCGUCGACCUCUGCCAAAGUGCCCAUUGCUAAGGACAACACCAUCAUGGGGUUGCCCCCCAGCUCACCCAAGACUGGCCCGAAGUCCUUGCUGCCCUCCCCCAAACAGGAGGUGUCCCCUGGGGACCUGUUCAUAGAGCAACAGGCCCACAACAUCCUCAGCAGACAGGGAAUCAGAUUUAGGGAAAGACUGGCCAGGGAGGAGGGAGUUCGAAAGAGGAGUCCAGAGCUGGGCCACCAUGUCCCUGAGGCCCCCCUGUACAGGAGACACCUCCAGAUCACCACCCGCUCCACAGCCUACCACCAUGACCCCCAGGCUCCGCCGUAUACUACCACUGACCCUCCAGGCCCCAAGACCUACUCUCACCACCAGCCUCAGCUCACCCGUUCUGGGCAGAGUGAUGACCCCAGCUAUCUGUCCAUGACCACUGACCCCGGUUCCAGGGCACAGCAAUCCCAACAGCCUCCGCCAGAGGAGGAAGAGGAGAUGGAGGGAGAAGUGGAAGAAGAGGAGAAGAGGAGAGCCCCUAGGGAGGGCAGACAGGAGGUGAAGACUGAGGGACUACUGAAGAGCAGGAAAGCUGUGCUGCCAUCAGAGAUCAGAGGAGUCCAGGGAGUAGGACAGGGGAGGGAGGCUGAGCCCAGAGGAGGGUACAUGGGAAGAGGGGGAGGGAAAACCAGGAUGAGAUGGGAGGAAUCGGACACAGACCCCGAACCAAUCAGACCUACGGAACAACCUAUGACCCGCCUGCAGGCCGCCGAGGUCAGAGCAGAGCUCAGAGCCUCCAGGGAGAAGGGCCAACAACCGUGGAGUGACAACGCCAUCUACAUCCAGAGAGGGGUUGCCCCUGCCUCCACCCACAUCCAGAACAGGGGAGGAGGCCCAACCGCCACCACAAUGACCACUGACGCCUUCAUCUCCUCCAUCCGCUCCUCGUCCGACACUGGGCCCCAGGGGCCAUGGUCGCACAAAGAGGCAGCAGGCCUGCAGAGGGAGGCCAUUGAAGAUGGGAUCAGAAAUGCAGACCAGAGCCCACUAGAGACCAGGGAGACCAGGGACGCUCUUAUCUCUGUGGCCAAGCUUCGUCACUCCUACCUGGAAAGUGCUACGACUGCUACUGCCCCAGUCGUCAGGAAACCUGAGCUGUCUUGUUUGAGCCCAGAUCUACCAAGCACUGCCGAUGAAGAGAAAUUGGAUGAGCGGGCCAAGCUGAGUGUUGCAGCCAAGCGUUCUCUCUUCAGGGAGUUGGAGAGGAACACGAAUGGGGGCUCCCCAAAACCCCCAUCACGGAACGUGGCCAUGGAGAGGCGACUGAGACGCACCCAGGACCGCUCCCAUACCCAGCCAGUCACUACUGAGGAGGUGGUCAUUGCUGCCACCCUGCAUGCGUCCUCACAGGAGAGUGCUGCAGCCAGGGAGCAGGCCAGCCAGGCCCAUAAUGCCCUAGAGGUCCAGAGGGAGGCACAGCGAACCUCCUCCAAGCUCUUCCAGAACCAGCCCCAGGCCCAGAAUCAUCAGGGCCAGGGGGACGCAGAGCCGGAUCUGUCCACCUUAAGCUUGGCAGAGAAGAUGUCUCUGUUCAACAGACUGGCCCAGCCAGCCACCAGGGUGAUCCGCACCAGGCCUGAUAGUAGGGAGCGCAGGGCCAACGCCCGUUACCAGACCCAGCCCAUCACCCUGGGAGACCUGGAGCAGAUCCAUAACGGGGCCAAGUUGGGCCAGCUAUCCUCAUCUGCCCUCAGACCUGGGGCCACGGUCUCCACAGACCACGCAGGGGACAUCCACUUAGCCACUGGGGGUGGGGGUAGCCCAGCCGAGGCACCCAACCCUGGGUACUACGAAAGGUCCAUCCCCCACCACCCUAGCCCUCCCACCCAGAUCACAGAACCCUCCAAUGCUGUCUGGAGGUCUGUGCCUGGCCCCCACCACCAAGCCUCUCUGGAUCUCCAGGCGCACCAGGCUGACACAACCACCAUCCUCCCCCAGGGAGAGGAGGGCGAUCUGUGGGGAGGGAAGAGAGAGCUGCCCUCUCCGGAGGGAGGUGUCAGAAAGGCCCCCAUGCCCCAGCCUCAGGCCUGGUCUGGUGGGAGGGAGUGGGAGGAGGAGCAGUGUUUGGCCAGGAUGGGUGGUGGUGAGGGAGUGGAGCCCCAGCGUGUGUUGAAGGGGUCAGAGAGUGGUGGUGGUGGUCUCCACCAGGACCACAGGCAGCACCAGGAGCAGAGGGGCUAUCUGAGACAGUCAUCAUUAGACCUCCAGGACCCAGACAGACACAGGUCAAAGGUCAUCAGCACUGAGCUGCCAGACUCUAGUGUGUCCUCAUCGAGAGCAGCAGAGCAGCUAAGGGGUGCAUCUCUCUCUCCACACACACUGCUGCCUCAGGCUCGGGAGCUGGGCGGCGUGGACACACACACGGACGGCCGCAGUGGUCUGGGACACACACACAGCCUGGUCCAGUCAGAGCAAGAGGACAUAGAGCUCUCAGAAGCCAUGUCGGCUAGACAGAUGUCCAUCAAAGACAGGCUGGCCCUGUUGAAGAAGAGUGGCGAGGAGGACUGGAGGAACAGGAUUAAUAGGAAGCAGGAUGUAGUGAAGGUGGCCGUUUCAGAACGUCACGCUCAGCUAUGGGAAGUGGAGCAGAGCUUCAAGAAGAAGGAGCCCGUCUUUACCACCACUUUCUCUCCUCCUGAUCUCCCUGACAAUGAUAUUAGUCAGUGUCUUGAUCAGUACAGCCAGGGGAUGGGAGGGGAAGAGGAGACUACGGAAAACCAGAACCAGCGUAUAGAGAUGUCUAUCCAUGAGAGGAAGCAGCUGAUCGUGGCCCGAGAAGAGGCCUGGAAGUCCAAGGGCCAUGGGGCCGCUAACGACUCCACACAGUUCACUGUGGCCGCACGCAUGGUCAAGAAAGGUCUGGCUUCUCCUUCUGCUCUCUUGAACCCUGUGAUGUCUCUCCCUUCCAAACCCAAGAACACCACUCCUGCCAUCUCCAAGCCCCUGGAAGAGAUCGAGGCCAAACCGGACAUGAACCUGGAGUCGGACAGGAAACUUGACAAGCUGGAGUCUUUCCUGGGCAGGUUGAACAGUAAAGUGGGCGGCCUGCAGGAAUCCACCAUCACAGUGACGAAGAAGACGGUCAAAGAUGUCAUGAAUCUGGAUGAUGAGAUGUUCGACAAGUUUUACCGCCACAUGGCCGAGAUGCCCCUCAACAUGAACAGCAAGGUGGACAUCAAUGACGACUUUGACGACAUCUUCGGUGGUACCCAGAUGCCCAAGCUGACCUCAGCCAUGGUGGAGCACAAGCGGUCGGUGCGUCCAGUGCGCAACGUCCAGUCGUCCAGGAACCCUCUGAAGAUGCUGGCGGCCAGAGAGGACAUCCGACAUGAGUACACAGAGCAGAGACUCAACAUCGGCCUGCUGGAGAGCAAGAGGAUGAAGCAAGAGAAGAUGAAUAAAAAUAGUGGAUUCUCUGAGGUGGCUCUGGCGGGUCUGGCCAGUAAGGAGAACUUCAGCAGUGUCAACCUGCGUAGUGUCAACAUCUCCGACCAGAUGUCCAACAACAGCGCUGUGCCCUACAAGAAACUCAUGCUCUUGCAAGUCAAAGGUCGACGGCACGUCCAGACCAGACUAGUGGAGCCUAGAGUGUCCUCUUUAAACAGCGGGGAUUGCUUUCUGCUCAUCACUCCCCAUCACUGCUUUGUCUGGACCGGCGAGUUUGCCAACGUCAUCGAGAAGGCCAAGGCUGCUGAGCUGGCCCAGUUCAUCCAGACCAAAAGAGAUCUGGGUUGCCGUGCCAACUAUGUAGAGCUGAUCGAGGAGGGUAUCAACACACACAGCUACGCUGCCAAGGAGUUCUGGAAGAUUCUGGGUGGACAGACCAGCUACCAGUCCGCUGGGACACCAGACGAGGAUGAGCUGUAUGAGAGCGCCAUCGUAGAAACCAAUUGCAUCUACCGCCUAGUGGACGACAAACUGGUCCCCGAUGACGACUUCUGGGGGAAGGUUCCCCGAUGCACGCUGCUCAGCCCCAAACAGGUGUUGGUGUUUGACUUUGGCAGUGAGGUGUAUGUGUGGCACGGUAAGGAGGUGACUCUGGCCCAGAGAAAAGUUGCCUUCCAGCUGGCUAAACACCUGUGGAACGGAACCUUCGACUACACAAACUGUGACAUCAAUCCCCUGGACCCUGGAGAGUGCAACUCACUCAUACCCAGGAAAGGCCAGGGCCGUCCAGACUGGGCUGUGUUUGGAAGGUUGACACAACACAACGAGACCACCCUGUUCAAGGAGAAGUUCCUGGACUGGACAGACUCCAAGAAGAAAGGUACCAUCAAGAACGGCCAUGAGCACCUCAACGAAAGCAACAAGGAGCAGCAGAGCCCGGAACAGAACAUGAUGCGGGCCUAUGAUGCCUCCCUGAUGCUCCCGCUGCUCCAGACCCCGGUUCGUACGGUGUUGGAUGGGGUGGACCUGGGCCGGGGCUAUGGCCCGGUGGCGGGGGAUGACUGCAGGCACUUUGAGAUCAGCACCACCGCCGUGGACAUCUGGCACAUACUAGAGUUUGACUACAGCCGGCUGCCCAAGCAGAGCAUCGGACAGUUCCAUGAGGGAGACACCUAUGUGGUGAAAUGGAAGUACAUGGUGAGCACAGCAGUUGGGAAGAGGCAGAAUCCGGACGCGGUGAGGAGCGCAGGAGCUGGGAAGGAGAAGUGUUCCUAUUUCUUCUGGCAGGGCCGGAAUUCUACCGUCAGUGAGAAGGGAACGUCAGCGCUAAUGACUGUUGAACUGGACGAGGAGAGAGGAGCACAGGUCCAGGUGCAGCAGGGGAAGGAGCCUCCAUGUUUCCUUCAGUGUUUUAAUGGAGGGAUGGUGGUCCAUGCAGGGAAGAGAGAAGAGGAGGAGGAGAACUCACAGAAUGACUGGCGGUUGUACUGUGUGCAGGGGGAGGUCCCGGUGGAGGGCCACCUGCUGGAGGUAGUAUGCCACUGCAGCAGUCUGCGCUCCCGGACCUCUAUGGUGCUUCUCAGCGUCUCUAAAGCAACCAUGUACGUGUGGCACGGCUGCAAGGCCCAGCUCCACACCCGCGACGUGGGGCGCACUGCCGCCGACAAGAUCAAAGAACAGUGUCCGUUGGAGGCGGGGCUCCACAGCAGCAGUAAGGUGACCAUCCAUGAGUGUGACGAGGGGGCGGAGCCUACGGGAUUCUGGGAAGCUCUGGGAAAGAGAGAUAGGAAGGCCUACGACUGCAUGCUCCAAGAUCCAGGGAAGUUCAACUUCACCCCUCGUCUCUACCAGCUGAGCAGUACGUCUGGAGAGUUUGUUGCCAUGGAGUUCUUCUACCCAGCCAGAAUAACGGAGGAGGUUAACUCACUGCCCUUCCUACAGGAGGACCUCUACACUGCCUCUCAACCAGCCCUCUUCCUGGUCGACAACUACCACGAGGUCUACCUGUGGCAAGGCUGGUGGCCCCAGGACAGCGAGAGCCCCGGCUCUGCCCGUAUCCGCUGGGACGCAGACAGGAAGUGUGCCAUGGAGACGGUGCUGCAGUACUGCACAGAGAAGAAUGAGAAGAAGAAGCCCAAGGCGUAUCUGAUCCAUGCGGGACUUGAACCUUUGACCUUUACCAACAUGUUUCCCUGCUGGGAACACAGAGAGGACAUAGCUGAGAUCACUGAGAGGGAGGCAGAGGUUUGUAACCAGAUAAUUCUGGUAGAGGAUGUGUUAGAACGGCUGUGUAAGACCACCUACCCCCUGGCAGACCUGCUGGCACGGCCCCUACCCGAGGGAGUCGACCCCCUACGCCUGGAGAUCUACCUAGACAAUGAUGACUUUGAGGGUGUAGGGGCUUAUGGGAAGAAAGCUCUGGAGAUGUCGAGGGAUGAGUAUGAGGUGUUGCCAGGUUGGAAGCAGGUGAACGUGAAGAAAGCCAAAGGAUUGUUUUAGUACGCUGGACAGAAGGCUUGACCACCGGAUGACAUCAUCAGCAAGCGACGGUCAGUGCAUCGUUGUUCAGAUGUAACAGGAACCCGCCACUGAGGGAACUCUUUAAUUUAACAUUUUACCCCUUCAUCUCCGGACUGGAGAGGGCUUGGGAACACACACUUCUGAGAACCCUACCCUGGUUGGAGGGAGGGAAGAGGAGGAGAGAUGCAGUGGUGGAAGGAGUGAGGAUCAACAGAGUAGUUGUUGUGCCAGCCUCGUGUAUAGUUUCUUCUUUUCUUUAUUUUAUUUGUGUUACCAGUUUUGUUUUGUAAUUCUAAAUGUAGGUAGUUCAGAGGUGUGUGAGUGGAUGUUUAUGUAAUGUGUCGGCACCCGGCUUUUUAAAUCCACACGGUGUGUGUGCGUGCUCGUCUGUUUGUUUGUGUGUGCUUGCGUGCUCUUAUGUCUGUUUGUGUGUGUGUAUGUGUGUGGGUGUGACCAUGCUUUUACAGUAUCGCCCAUACAGCAGUCUGUCAGUUUGUCUGGGAGCAGGAGAACCACUCUGUUUGACACACCCCAAACAGACUCUCUGCAAGCUGUUAUUUGUGCAUUACAAUAAAUCAUUUAUAUUUACUCCAUAUUAGGAAUAAAAAGCCUUUUGAGUAUUGUCUGUGAGAUAAGAAAUGAAAUACAUUAUAUUGUUAUUCAUGUUGAGGUUGUCAUAUGUUGAUAAGAGGUUGGACAAUAAUGCUCCUUUCCCAAAAGACUGUACAUGUCGCCAUUUUAUUGAACAAAUCGUGUAUCUACUACAUUCUGAAGUGUCUGUUGUCAUUGCUAGGCUGUCCUGCAUCAUUCAGGUGCUCAGAUUGAAGAGAAUUGUUGUAUUUUACAGGUAUGAAUUUACAGAAUCUUAUAAAUUCAACAUUGUAAAGUGCCUUGCUUUUAUGUACAGUUUAUAUACAGAACAAUAUUAGUCUGUGUUGUAAAGACUCUCUUUGUGAUAUAAAGGAUAUUAGAGAAAUAAAAAUUGAAAUUAAAUCUAA